ACCUGCAGGACGGCCUGUGAUUGGUUGUGGGGAGGGCUGGGGUUCCAUGCGCGGACUAGUUGCUGGCUUCGUGCGCGCGCCCCGGCCCCGGCAUGGCUGUGAUGGGGGUGCAGCUGGUGGUGAGCCUGCUUACGGCGAGCAUCAUGCAGAAGAUGUCCCCGCACUGCUCCUUCGCUCGCUGGCUGCUGUGCAACGGCAGCCUGUAUCGCUACAAGCACCCUUCGGAGGAGGAGUUGUGCGCCCUGGCUGGGAAGCAGAAGCCCAAGGCCAAGCGAGACCGGAGGCUGAACGGGGUCACAGAGGAUAAACCCCUGUCAGUGCCCAGGGACAUCAACCUGCACCUGGAGACCACUCCAGUAACCACAGUGGAUGCUCUUGUGCUGCGCUAUUUCCUGGAGUACCAGUGGUUCGUGGAUUUUGCCGUCUACUCCACCCUCGUCUACCUUUUCACUGAAGGCUACUACUGCCUGGUGGACCCCCAGAAGGAGAUGAAUGUUGGCAUCCUGUGGUGCCUGCUUACGGUCUUCUUCUCCUUCAAGAUCUUCUUCAUGGUGAUGCACCAUUACUUCCGCUCAGAGGAGGGAGGCGAGCGCUCGGUCUGCCUCACCUUCGCCUUCUUCUUCCUCCUCGUUGCCAUGGUGGCGCUUGUCGUGCGGGAGGACUACUUGGAGUUCGGACUCGACUCGGGACUUGCCAAUGUCAGUGAUAACCUGGAGAUUCUCUUAAAGCAGCGAGGAUGGGAAUGGACAGUUCCCAUCGCCAAACUGACCUUCAAGCUGGGGCUGGUGGCCCUUUGUUCGUUCAUUGGCGCGUGUCUGACGUUCCCGGGGUUGCGGCUGGCACAGACUCACCUGGACGCGCUGAAGAUGGCUGCGGACAGGCCAAUGACCCAGAUCCUGCUCCACGCCAGUUUCCUGGCACCCCUGGUCGUGGUGCUCCUGUGGAUCAAGCCCAUUUCCCGAGACUUGCUGCUUCGUGCCCCCAUGGGGAAGCAAACGGUCCAGAUCAUGUCGGACUCGGCCUACAACUCCACACGCCUCUGGACCAUUGUCGCCCUCUGCCUGUUGCGCCUGGCCAUGACGCGCCACCACCUGCAGGCCUACCUCCAGCUGGCGGAGCGCUGGGUGGAGCAGAUGAAGAGGGAAGCUGGGCGCAUCACCGCCCUGGAGAUCCAGCGCAGGGUCACGAGGAUUUACUGCUACGUCACCGUGGUCAGCCUGCAGUACCUGGGCCCCAUCAUCCUCACUCUGCACUGCACGCUGCUCCUCAAAUCGCUGGGUGCCUACUCGUGGGGCCUGUUCCCCGAGCCCCUGCCCGUCUCCCCGGCGGUGGGCGCCGCACCGGCCCGACCCGCUGCUCCCUCGGCUGAGGAGGAGGGAGGAGAGGACAUGCAGGCCACGGUGGCGCAGAUCACAGGCGCGCUGGGCGCCAUCCUCACCCCGCUUUUCUACCGUGGACUCUUCGCUUUCCUGACCUGGUGGGUGGCCGUUUGCCAAGUGAUCACCAGCCUCUUUGGCCUCUACUUCCACCAGUACCUGGCAGCCUCCUAACCACAGCUGCAGCAGGGCCCAGGGCUACAUGCCACGUGACCUGCAGGGCCCUGUGGGCUACAUGCCACGGGCUGGGGCUGGGAAUAGUUCCCACCCAACAGCUCUCUGCCCUGCGUCCAGCCCCUCUCCUCUCCUGCCUGGGCCUGGGAACGCCAGCUGCCCCCGCUUCGUGUAGAGACAACCGGCCUCCCUGCUGGGACCCGCCUGUCAGGCCGAGGCCGCUGGCUGGUUGUCUGUGCCCACCGAAGGGGCAGGAGUAACUUGCCGGGGAUGUUGGCGCAUCAGCGUCUCCCCAGCCUGCAUGGGAGCCGGUUGGGAGAGGUGGGGGAGGGGCCCCAAGCACAGCAUCUUCCAGGCUAUUUCUCCUCAUCCUGCUUCGGCCGAGCCCCUCCCCCUCCCCCCACCACGGCAGGGACGGUCUCCCCUACACGGCUUCUUGUGCAUGGGCCACGUUCUACUGCCGGCCUCCCCCCGAGAGCUCAGGUACCCUCGCAGCCAGCGACUCCGGCGCCAGCCUCAGCUUCCUCCCCCCCUCCCACCGCAGAAGGAGCCUGCAGGUGGGGAACAUGAGAUGGUUCAGCUGGGAGCCAGAGACCUAGAGGGCUGGGGGCUCCCGGGACCCGGCGUGGGCGUUGGCGGGCUGGGGGCUCCCGGGACCCGGCGGGGGCGUUGGCGGGCUGGGGGCUCCCGGGUCCCGG